UUGCUGGCCGGCAGAGGAGGCGUUGUCCCACAUUAGAACGUCACCUUCAUUUAACGCAGAAGCCGGCUAUCCUGGAAAAGGACAAAGGUUUCCCAGUCCUGUAACACGCACUGAAUACCAGUGAAUUUCAGAGAUUUGACUUUGCUUGUAAAUAGGGCUGUAUAAAAUGAUGAAGAACGGGCAUCAUGUGAGCAGCGCUCCGGCCGCCGCAGCCUGCAGUCCGGAGAAGAGGAGGCGUACUGUCCGUGUCUGGUGCGAUGGAUGCUAUGACAUGGUCCAUUAUGGUCAUUCCAACCAACUUCGACAAGCCAAGGCUAUGGGGGACUAUCUCAUUGUGGGAGUGCAUACUGACGAGGAGAUCUCUAAGCACAAAGGUCCUCCAGUGUUCACCCAAGCUGAGAGAUAUAAGAUGGUGCGAGCAAUCAAGUGGGUGGAUGAGAUCGUGGAAGGCGCUCCAUACGUUACUACGCUUGAGACUCUGGACAGAUAUUGUUGCGAUUUCUGUGUUCAUGGAGAUGACAUCACUCUCACUGUGGAUGGGAAAGACACAUAUGAAGAAGUGAAGAAGUCGGGCAGGUACAGAGAGUGCAAGAGAACCCAAGGUGUGUCCACUACAGACCUGGUCGGCCGCAUGCUGCUUAUGACCAAAGCUCAUCACAGCAACAUGGGCAGUUCAGACUAUCAACAACACACAGACAACUUUGGAAGAGGCCCUAAAGGCCACAGUCCCUGGACAGGAGUGUCACAGUUCCUGCAGACGUCCCAAAAAAUCAUCCAGUUUGCCUCAGGAAAGGAACCACAGCCAGGAGACACCAUCAUCUAUGUGGCUGGAGCUUUUGACCUAUUUCAUAUUGGCCAUGUGGAUUUCCUGGACGCAGUGUCCCAGCUUUCAGAGAAGCCAUAUGUUAUUGUGGGCUUGCACUUUGACCAGGAGGUGAAUCGUUACAAGGGGAAAAACUAUCCAAUCAUGAACAUCCAUGAGAGGACUCUGAGUGUGCUGGCCUGUCGAUAUGUCUCUGAGGUUGUUAUAGGAGCACCAUAUGCUGUCACAAAAGACUUAUUGGACCAUUUCAAGGUAGACCUGGUGUGCCAUGGAAAAACUGAAGUGUUUCUAGACAGAGAUGGAUCAGACCCAUAUACUGUACCCAGGAAAAUGGGAAUAUUGCAAACAGUGGAUAGUGGAAACAGUCUCACCACUGAUGUCAUUGUGCAGAGGAUCAUCAAAAACAGGCUGCUGUUUGAGGCGAGAAACCAGAAAAAAGAGGCCAAAGAGGUGGCGGUAAUCCAGGCCAUGAAGCGACGAGAAGAAGAGAAGGCUAAAGAGAGAGCGCAGGCUGUGCUGUAGGGAAAAAAGAAAAAAACCUAUUCAAAGACUAACAAAACCCAGUACAUGCAGUUGACUCUUUUCUAAUGUGUCCACAUUCUGGACUUACAUACUGUCAGAACACCAGCAGCUGAGAGCUCCUUUCAUUGAAGAAUUAGCAUGUGUAGUUUUGGGAGCAUCUGCUUUUGUGAAUCACUCUCGCACUCUCCAACUGAAGGUCUUCUUCAUAAUUUCCUGAUGGCAGUGGGCCAUUUCCAUCAGAUCUGUUCACUAAGGAAAGAAGGCUGGAACUUGUGCUGCACUUUGCUGUGUGCAGGAUGUUGCCACUGUGGUAACCAACAUGACCUACGUGACCUCCACAUGUAACUCCAGAGUUAUUCUAAGCUUUGCUUGGAAACCAACACUCCUGAAGAUUUGAUUCCAUCAGAAGAGCACUACAGUCUUCUGUCCUAAACAGUGAAUUAAUUAUAAAGAAUUAAUAUUUAUCUGUCAUAAUUCAUGGCUAAUCCUCAUAAGUAUUUUUCAUUGUAAGGUACAACAAAGUGAAUUGUUCUAUUAAAAAAUAUAUGAAAACAUAUUAAGAUAUGGUGUUCAUCAAACAUGCAUUUUAAUAUGGUUUAAAAAAACUUUUGUUUAUUAUUGUUUUUGAACUUAACCAUUAUAACUAGUCAAAAGGAUAUAGUAUAUUUCAGGAUAUUUUUGUUCAAUUGAUCAAUUUCCCUCAAUGUCCAAGGGUAUAGUUCACUAAAAAAAUUCAUUCACUCAUGGCAUAUCACUCAAAGGUACCAUAAAAGUUUAUUUUUCUUGUACUUUAUUGUCCCAAACUUCUGUUAAACAAGAGUUUUGUGUGAGAAAACCGCAUGAAAUGUCAGCCUUAUUUAACUGAUGGUUUUUACUGCCACAAUUCUCAGAAUUAAUUUGUGGACAAAUGAAUUUAAACUUGCCAUUUCACAAGUGGACAUGCUAACCAGUUACCAGGUGCAACACACGAAAAUGUUAUGUUCACUAUUCACUUUUGUUUUGGGGAAAAUAGCACUUCACACUGUCUGCCUAAUAUCUUCUUCUAAAAUUCACGGAAGCAUUGAAAUAUUGGCUUUAAAUUACAUGCAAAAUUUGAUUUUGUGGUGAAAUAUUCCUUUAAACUAAGAUCAAAGUUUCAAAGUUUCUGUUUUAAAUGGAUUUAAAAUUAAAUUAUACUAGCUCUUAGAGUGAAAGUGCUGAUCCAGAGUUAGUUCCUUGUUUUCUAUUUUAUUAGAAUGACUUUAGAAGACAAUUUCAGAUCAGCAUGUUAAGCUGGACCACGUUAUACAUGAGGACAGGCAUAUACUCCUUUACAGUCCGCAUAUAUAGAUAGUUUUGAGUUUGUUUCCUAUGUAUGUGUGUAUGCCAUACCCAGAAAUUGUGCAGAAUGAGCUACCAAUUAUAGCCACAAGAGGUCUUCUUAUCUGUGGAAAUCUGUGUAAAAUUCAUAGAAACCAUGAUGGACUGAAACCAACUAACACUGUUUUGAUGUGCUGUGCUAUAUAAUGUGUAUAAUUAUAAGCAACGUUUUUAAACAAGAAACCUCAAUCAUGGUACUAACUACUGUCUAAAUAUAAUGGUUUCAGGGAUUAUGGUAUUUUAAGUCAACAUUGAACUGACUUACAUUGUUUUUUUUUUCAUGUAUUAUUUUUUUAAUUCUAUUAAAAAUAUAAUAUAUAAAAGGUUUUUAAUUUAUGUAUUUUUUUUAAAUAGUACAGCCCUCUUUUUGCUUAUAUAUUAAACAACUUGAAAGAUACUGGAACUUCAUUUUUAAUUGAACAACUAUUAAAGGUGCUGUCUGGUUUUGGGAAAUCAAAUGAAAAGUUUUUUUUUAAUUUUUUUUUUUAUUCCUGAUAACAAUACAGGAAUAAAUAACAUGGGAUCAUAAUGAUCCCAUGUUAUUUAUUCCUGUAUUGUUAUAUCAGACAGAUUUGUGUUCUUCAAUGGCAUGCUUGUAUGAUUUUAUUUAUUUAUUUUUUGCCCUUGCAAAUAUAAUACUGUUAAAUAUAAAACAUUUUCAUAAUUGUUCAAAUAUAUCACCCUCAUCAAUAACCACAUCAUAUUACUUGUUAUUUGUUUGCAAAAAUUAAAAUGCUAAUUAUUUGGAAAGGUAGGAUACUGCAUGCUUUUUAACCCCCUAAUCUCCUUGUCUAAUUUUAUAGGAAUAGGAAUAUAGAUUUAUACGAAUAAAUCCACACACAAAAUGUAAAUAAAGAAAUAUCUAAAUAUGUAAGAGAUCACGUCUGCCUGAAUAAAUGUUUAACUAUUUGUAGUCUGUAUUUUGACCAUUUGGAUAAAUAUAGCCUAAC